UCGCCGCCGCUGCCGCCGCCGCCAGGAUGGCCGGGCCGGGCUCGCUGUGCUGCGCGUCCCGGGGGGCCUCGGCGCUGCUAGCCACCGUGCUUCUCUAUGCCGCGCUGGGGGACGUGGUGCGCUCCGAGCAGCAGAUCCCGCUCUCCGUAGUGAAGCUCUGGGCCUCCGCUUUUGGUGGGGAGAUAAAAUCCAUUGCUGCCAAGUACUCGGGUUCCCAGCUUCUGCAAAAGAAAUACAAAGAGUAUGAGAAAGACGUUGCCAUUGAAGAAAUCGACGGUCUCCAACUGGUGAAAAAGCUGGCCAAGAACAUGGAAGAGAUGUUUCACAAGAAGUCCGAGGCAGUGCGGCGUCUCGUGGAGGCUGCAGAGGAAGCACACCUGAAACAUGAAUUUGACGCCGACUUGCAGUAUGAAUACUUCAAUGCCGUUCUGAUCAACGAGAGAGACAAAGAUGGGAACUUUUUGGAACUGGGAAAGGAGUUCAUCUUAGCCCCCAAUGACCAUUUUAAUAAUUUGCCUGUGAACAUCAGUCUGAGUGAUGUCCAAGUGCCAACGAACAUGUACAACAAAGAUCCUGCCAUAGUCCACAGUGUAUUGUCUGAAUCACUAACACAAAUUUUCCUUGACAUGCUACACAUAACCAUUGGAAGUCUCAAGGUUUCUCAUAAGCCCAUUUCUCUUCUAGGGAUUAAAUGGGAACCCGACGAGAAUGGAGUCAUUGCCUUUGACUGCAGGAACAGGAAAUGGUACAUCCAGGCAGCAACUUCUCCAAAGGAUGUGGUCAUUUUGGUGGACGUCAGUGGGAGCAUGAAAGGACUCCGCCUGACCAUCGCCAAGCAAACAGUCUCCUCGAUACUGGACACCCUGGGCGAUGAUGACUUCUUCAACAUCAUCACGUAUAACGAAGAGCUUCACUACGUGGAACCUUGUCUGAAUGGAACACUGGUUCAAGCGGACAGGACCAACAAGGAGCACUUCAGGGAGCAUUUGGACAAACUUUUUGCCAAAGGGAUUGGAAUGCUCGAUAUUGCGCUGAACGAGGCCUUCAAUGUACUGAGCGAUUUCAACCACACCGGACAAGGAAGCAUUUGCAGCCAGGCCAUUAUGCUCAUAACCGAUGGGGCAGUGGACACCUACGACACCAUCUUUGCAAAGUACAAUUGGCCAGAGCGAAAGGUUCGAAUCUUCACUUACCUCAUUGGACGCGAGGCUGCUUUUGCAGACAAUCUCAAGUGGAUGGCUUGUGCUAACAAAGGAUUUUUCACCCAGAUCUCCACCUUGGCUGAUGUGCAGGAAAAUGUCAUGGAAUACCUCCAUGUACUCAGUCGACCCAAAGUCAUCGACCAAGAACAUGAUGUGGUGUGGACCGAAGCGUACAUCGACAGCACUCUCCCUCAGGCUCAAAAGCUUGCUGAUGAUCAGGGCCUCGUCUUGAUGACCACAGUGGCCAUGCCUGUGUUUAGUAAGCAGAACGAAACUAGGUCAAAGGGCAUUCUUCUGGGUGUGGUUGGCACAGAUGUCCCAGUAAAAGAGCUUCUGAAGACCAUCCCCAAAUACAAGUUAGGAAUUCAUGGUUAUGCCUUCGCCAUCACGAAUAAUGGAUACAUCUUGACACACCCGGAGCUCAGGCCCCUGUAUGAAGAAGGAAAAAAGCGAAGGAAGCCUAAUUACAGUAGUGUGGAUCUCUCGGAAGUCGAGUGGGAAGAUCGGGAUGAUGUGUUACGAAAUGCCAUGGUGAAUCGGAAGACUGGGAAAUUCUCCAUGGAGGUGAAGAAGACUGUGGACAAAGGGAAACGGGUUUUGGUGAUGACCAAUGACUACUACUACACAGACAUCAAGGGUGCUCCUUUCAGUUUAGGUGUGGCGCUCUCCAGGGGCCACGGGAAAUACUUCUUCCGAGGGAAUGUAACCAUUGAAGAAGGGCUCCAUGACUUAGAACAUCCUGACGUGUCCUUGGCAGAUGAAUGGUCCUACUGCAACACUGACCUGCACCCAGAGCACCGCCAUCUCUCUCAACUGGAAGCGAUUAAGCUCUACCUCAAAGGCAAGGAGCCUCUGCUUCAAUGUGACAAAGAAUUGAUUCAAGAAGUCCUUUUUGAUGCUGUGGUAAGCGCCCCAAUCGAAGCCUAUUGGACCAGCCUGGCCCUCAACAAAUCUGAGAAUUCUGACAAGGGUGUAGAGGUCGCCUUCCUCGGCACUCGCACAGGCCUCUCAAGAAUCAACCUGUUUGUGGGGGCCGAACAGCUCACCAAUCAGGACUUUCUGAAGGCUAGAGACAAAGAGAACAUUUUCAACGCAGAUCAUUUCCCUCUCUGGUACAGAAGAGCUGCCGAGCAGAUUCCAGGAAGCUUUGUCUACUCCAUCCCCUUCAGCACAGGAACGGUCAACAAAAGCAAUGUGGUGACAGCAAGUACCUCCAUCCAGCUCCUGGAUGAGCGAAAAUCUCCUGUGGUGGCAGCUGUAGGCAUUCAGAUGAAACUUGAAUUCUUCCAAAGGAAGUUCUGGACGGCCAGCAGACAGUGUGCCUCCCUGGAUGGUAAAUGCUCCAUAAGCUGCGACGAUGAGACUGUGAACUGUUACCUCAUAGACAAUAACGGGUUCAUUCUGGUGUCUGAAGACUACACACAGACUGGAGAUUUUUUUGGUGAGGUCGAAGGAGCCGUCAUGAACAAGUUGUUAACAAUGGGCUCCUUUAAAAGAAUAACCUUGUAUGACUACCAAGCCAUGUGUAGAGCCAACAAGGAGAGUAGUGACAGUGCCCACGGACUCCUGGACCCCUAUAAGGCCUUCCUCUCUGCAGCCAAGUGGAUAAUGACGGAACUUGUCUUGUUUCUGGUGGAGUUUAACCUUUGCAGUUGGUGGCACUCCGACAUGACAGCUAAAGCCCAGAAACUGAAACAGACCCUGGAGCCUUGUGAUACUGAAUACCCAGCCUUUGUUUCUGAACGCACCAUCAAGGAGACCACAGGGAACAUUGCUUGUGAAGACUGCUCCAAGUCCUUUGUCAUCCAGCAAAUCCCGAGUAGCAAUCUGUUCAUGGUGGUGGUGGACAGUAGCUGUCUCUGUGAGUCUGUGGCUCCUAUCACCAUGGCACCCAUUGAAAUCAGGUAUAAUGAAUCCCUUAAGUGUGAACGGUUAAAGGCUCAGAAGAUCAGACGACGUCCGGAAUCCUGCCAUGGCUUCCAUCCUGAGGAGAAUGCGAGAGAGUGUGGGGGUGCAUCAAGUCUCCAGGCCCAGGUGGCCUUGCUGCUGCUCCCCCUGGUUUCGAGUCUCUUCUCAAGGUGACAGUAACUAAUGGGAUGUUCUUUUGGCAUGCUAUAAAUCAUGGAUAAACUGUGAACCCGACUAUGGUGCGACAUAGAAGACAUAAGCAUAGCCCAGCCAUCAGCAUCUCAUGAUUUUAAACUGUGUGUGAUAGAAACUCUAACAGGUACACUGACCAAAAGUUCUCUUUUUACUUUGCCAAUCAUGCAAAUGUUGAGUGCCACGUGACCACCCUUCAUCCGAAAUGGGGCUGUACUGGGUAGGCAGUGGCCUUCUGCUUGAAAAACCAUGGAAACCAAUUUAAAACUGUGUACUUUUUAAAUAAAGUAUAUUAAAAUCAUAA